ACUGGGCGUGUCUCUAAACGGCACAAGCAGGAAAUAUGGCGUCGUUGGCAGGUCGACUCUCUCGGGCUUUUUUCAUUCGAAAUACAGCAGCACUGAGCCGCAACACCGGCCCAAAAUCAGCAAACGCGACUUUCAGCCGAACCGUCGUGUCAACCGCAUCGGGGGCUGUCCUUCCUAAACCAGUGAAGGUCCCGCUCGGUCUGACCCGCAUGACUAUAGUGGUGGUUCCGUUCCUGUAUGUCGGUAAUCUGAUCAGUAAACAUUUCGCUGCUCUUCUGGAGGAGCAUGAGAUCUUCGUCCCAGAUGAUGACGAUGAUGACGACUGAGCGCAGUGCAUGUUUCACUCCAGCAGUCUGAAGGUCUUCUGUGAAGGGCCUGAUGCAGUACAGGAUAUAUUUAUGCAAUAAUAAAGAUUGUCAACACAUUUUUGUGUUUUCAUUCCUGCAUUACACUAACCAUGAACACAA